AUGAAGUGGGCCAAGAAAGAGGAGCCGCAGGAGGGCAAGGGCGAUCGAAAGGGCGAGGGGAAGCGGAAGGGAGGCAAGUCGGCCAGAGCUGAGGAGGAGGACUGGAGUUGGACCUGGACGGCCGACAGCUACUCCGACUGGUGGAGCUGGAACGACUGGGGCUGGGACACGAAGCCCAGCAAGGGAGAGGCAAAGGAGGGCAAGGGCAAGGAGAAGGGCAAGUCCAAAGACUCUGGGAAGAAGGGCAAAGGUGCCAACGACGACGGCGAAGAGAAGGGCAAGGGUAAAGGAAAGGGAAAGUCCGAGGACUCGAAAGGCAAGAAGGGAGGUAAAGGCUUCGCGAAAGGGGGCGAAGGCAAAGGCGAAGGAAGCAG